UGCUUAGCGGAAGGUGUGGUCAAAGGGCGCCACGUACCCUGGUUUUUGCGGUGGGGCCCAGCCGCAUAAAGAACUUCGUCUUCCUCGUAAACAAAGAGCCCCUCCCGCUUCCGCAAGCACGCCACGGCGCGACGAUCCUCCUCGUUCUUAUCCCAUCCAGAUCGAAAGGCUCGCCAUGGAUCCCUACAAGCACCGCCCUUCGAGCACCCACAACGCCCCCUUUUGGACCACCAACUCUGGUGCCCCCGUUUGGAACAACAAUUCCUCACUGACUGUCGGAUCCCGAGGGCCUGUUUUUCUUGAGGAUUAUCAUCUGAUUGAAAAGCUUGCUCAGUUUGAUAGGGAGCGUAUCCCUGAGCGGGUUGUUCAUGCUAGGGGUGCUAGUGCAAAGGGCUUCUUUGAGGUCACUCAUGAUGUUUCUCACCUCACCUGUGCUGAUUUCCUUCGGGCCCCAGGAGUCCAGACCCCAAUCAUUGUUCGCUUCUCAACUGUUAUUCAUGAGCGUGGAAGUCCUGAAACCUUGAGAGAUCCACGUGGUUUUGCAGUGAAGUUCUACACUAGAGAGGGUAAUUUCGAUCUCGUGGGAAAUAACUUCCCAGUGUUUUUCAUCCGUGAUGGAAUAAAAUUUCCUGACAUGGUUCAUGCUCUCAAACCAAACCCAAAGUCCCACUUACAGGAGAACUGGAGGAUCCUGGAUUUCUUCUCACACCACCCAGAGAGUUUGCACAUGUUCUCCUUUCUAUUUGAUGAUGUUGGUAUUCCUUCAGACUACAGGCACAUGGAUGGUUUUGGCGUGAACACCUAUUCUCUUAUCAAUAAGGAUGGGAAAGCUCAUUAUGUCAAGUUCCACUGGAAACCAACAUGUGGUGUGAAGUGUUUGUUGGACGAUGAGGCUGUGACUGUUGGAGGCAGUAACCACAGCCAUGCCACGAAGGAUCUGUAUGAUUCUAUUGCUGCUGGAAAUUAUCCAGAGUGGAAGCUUUUCAUCCAGACCAUUGAUCCUGACCAUGAAGAUAAAUUUGAUUUUGACCCACUUGAUGUAACCAAGAUCUGGCCGGAAGACAUUGUUCCUCUCCAGCCCGUUGGACGUAUGGUCUUGAACAAAAAUAUUGAUAACUUCUUUGCAGAAAAUGAACAGCUUGCAUUCUGCCCAGCAAUUGUGGUACCUGGAAUCCAUUACUCAGAUGACAAACUACUCCAGACUAGAAUUUUCUCCUAUGCUGAUACUCAGAGGCACCGGCUGGGGCCAAACUAUUUGAUGCUUCCAGCGAAUGCUCCCAAAUGUGCUCUUCACAACAAUCACCAUGAUGGCUUUAUGAACUUCAUGCACAGGGAUGAGGAGGUGAAUUAUUUUCCUUCAAGAUAUGAUCCUGUUCGACAUGCUGAGAGUUUCCCCUUACCACCUCGUGUUCUCACAGGAAAGCGUGAGAAGUGUGUAAUUGAUAAAGAGAACAAUUUCAAGCAGCCUGGAGAAAGAUACCGGUCCUUUGAUCCAGCCAGGCAAGAACGUUUUGUCCACCGGUGGGUUCAGGCGUUGUCUGACACCUGGGUGACACAUGAAAUCUGUAGCAUCUGGAUCUCAUAUUGGUCUCAGUGUGACAAGUCUCUCGGUCAGAAGCUAGCAACUCGGCUCAACGUAAGGCCAAGCAUGUAAAAGGAUGCAAAGUUUUGGAAGCAAUGGGCUCCAAGAGACUGAUGCAGGAAAGAGGAACAUCCUUAUGUCUAAAGAGGAAGUCCUUGUUGUCUUAGAAAUACAAAGGAACAUCCUAGUCUGGAUACCAGGUGUGCUAUGGAUGUAUUAAUGUAAUAAUAAGCAUAUAUAUGCAUGCUCAUGACUUCAAACUAUGAAACUUACCUUGUGUACUUCUAUGAUCGCUGCACUUGCUGAGAUCUGGAAUGUUUCCAUAUUGUGUUCUGAUGCCA